UUGCCAAUUACCACUCCUACUUAGUUUCUCUGCAUGGAUGACAGACGAUCACCACAGUUCACUGCGAGGAGGAUGGCGGAGGAGCUGCACCCAGCCGAGCACUGGUACAGGUGCAUCUCCAGUUGGCUUCCAUCUUGGUGCCCCACCUCCCUCUCUCAGCUAAAGGAUGCAGAGGACAAAAUGCUCAAGGCUGUGAAGACCCCAUUCUCCAGGCAAGAUGUCCCGAUAUCCAAUGGCAACUAUGUCUGGACCAUAGCCUUCAACGCCAAAGGAUAUCCCUCACUCCCCCAGCCCCAGUUUAAGCCCCAGUCUCAUCCCUCUUCUCCCCAGCCUCAUCCCUCUUCUCCCCAGCCUCAUCCCUCUUCUCCCCAGCCUCAUCCCUCUUCUCCCCAGCCUCAUCCCUCUUCUCUCCAGCCUCAUCCCUCUUCUCCCCAGCCUCAUCCCUCUUCUCUCCAGCCUCAUCCCUCUUCUCCCCAGCCUCAUCCCUCUUCUCUCCAGCCUCAUCCCUCUUCUCCCCAGCCUCAUCCCUCUUCUCCCCAGCCUCAUCCCUCUUCUCCCCAGCCUCAUCCCUCUUCUCUCCAGCGCCGUCCCCGUCCUCCGCUGGUGCUGCUCCAUGGGUUUGGGGGUGGUGUGGGUCUGUGGGCUCAGAACCUGGACUCUUUGUGUGGCAGUGGAGCCGUGUAUGCCCUGGAUCUGCUGGGGUUCGGUCGGAGCAGCAGGCCCCUGUUCAGCGUGGACCCUCAGGGGGCAGAGGAGCAGUUCCUAGGGGCCCUGGAGGAGUGGAGAGACAGGGUGGGCCUGGAGGAAAUUAUCCUGCUGGGACACAACCUGGGAGGAUACCUGGCUGCUGCUUACACACUUAAACACCCACACAGGGUGAAACACCUCAUCCUGGUGGAGCCAUGGGGGUUCCCGGCCCGCCCAGAGAGCAUGGAUCAGGAGAAGUCUAUCCCAGUGUGGAUCAGAGCCAUGGGGGUCGUCAUGAGUCCCUUCAACCUCCUGGCUACACUAAGACUGGCUGGACCACUGGGUCCGAUGUUGGUCCAGACCAUCAGGUCAGAUUUUAAACAGAAGUACUCUCCAGUGUUUGAUGACAACACUGUAUCAGACUACAUCUACCAUCUCAAUGCACAGACACCCAGUGGUGAAGCAGCGUUUAAGAACAUGACGGUACCAUAUGGCUGGGCUAAGAGACCGAUGCUGGAUCGUAUCGUACACAUCCGACCCGACAUUCCCAUAUCCAUCAUCUAUGGAUCCCGAUCCAGCAUCGACAGUGACUCGGGAUACACUCUCCAGAAAACCAGACUGGAUGUGGACAUCGUGGUGAUAAGGGGAGGAGGUCACUAUGUAUUUGCUGACCAGCCAGAUGACUUCAAUCAGAACAUUCUUCACAUCCUAGCCAGGAUGGACGGAGAGAAGGAUGAGAGGAGGGAGAGAAGGAUGAGAGGAGGGAGAGAAGGAUGAGAGGAGGGAGAGAAGGAUGAGAGGAGGGAGAGAAGGAUGAGAGGAGGGAGAGAAGGAUGAGAGGAGGGAGAGAAGGGAGAGA